AGACUGUAAAGACGUAGUGAAGAUGUUGGACUCGCACAUGGUAUAUGCGCAUGGGGCAGCAAGGGGGCCUGACCUCCACCAACAGGUUAUAAAGGCCCAAAAGGAGAAAAAAGAGAAGAGGAUGGCACACCAGACCCAACAGCCUCCUAACAGCAAAACCAACGGGGCUUGUUGCACUUCAAUAAGCUGGUACUCGCCAUACUCAAGGAAGAAAAGACCGUUUCACGUCAGGUACAGCUGGUACAGGAGAAGGCCCCUCUCUAAGUGUCAAUGCACAACCUACAAGAGAACCAGCGGUCGUCUCACCACCCUAUGGCAGCGGUCCCAAACCAGUGAGAUUACCACUUCUCACUUCCUGAAAGCUGUCGGUAACCUGUAUGCACCGACCUUUCCAACACCACGUACUGACAGCAACAGUGACUAAACUGUGACUUGUGCAAUGUUUUAUGAUAGUGCUUCAUACUGUUUAUGACGAUCAAACGUUAAGAUUAAAUGCUCACUUUAUACCGACCCGUCGGAAUACUGGGCGGUCACCGUAUCCCCCCCCCAAAAAAACCCCGUGGAGAUCCGGAUUAGAAUAGGUCCUCAGUACCCCUCGCUUGCCAUAAGAGGCUACUAAAUGGGAUGGUCAUUCGAACGAGACCAAAUAACCCGAGGCCCCGUGUCCUAAAUUUGCAGCCCUUCACCGGCAAUGAUGACGUCUCCAACAGGGUCGUCGGCAAUUAUUUGGCAUUGGGAGACGAACUGGAUCGAAGGGGAGGGGGGUCUAUUGAUUGAGGUUUUAAGCCGUUUUACGGCGGUUAACUAAUUAAAUUAUGUUUGGUUGUGAAUGUUUGAGUUUCCCUGACGACCCCCAGUGAGCCUACUCUUUUUCGAACAUCAGGAACACGAUAUAUUGCGUGCCAAGGGGGUUGUGAUCCUUGACACGGGGCACCCUUUAACGUCCCAUCCGACGGCAUUUCAAAAUUCUAUGGUCGUUAUAACGAUCUAGUUUGCCAAUACAACCUAUCAUUGGGUUAAAUGUUGUCCGACUUGUUUCAUUCCGAUUGUUAGGCCGUUCUUGGCACACUGAUUUUGACUAUGGAUAACUCCGUUUACCUGAUAAAGAUAAAAGGUUCACGGCGGGUGUGAGCGGUCGACAGGGGAUGCUUACUCCUCCUAGGAACCUGAUCUCACCUCUGGUAUAUUCAGGGGUCCGUAUUUACCCAGCGCUCCAUUUUGUAUUGCUUGUGGGAAUUGUGAUUGAUGGAUUGUAUAUUGUUUAACGUCUCUGUCGAGAAUAUUUCACUCAUAUGGAGACGUCAUCACUGCCGGUGAAGGGCUGCAAAAUUUAGGCCUAUGCUCAGCGCUUACGACCUUUGAGCAGGGAGGAAUCUGUAUCGUGCCACACCUGCUGUGACAGUUUUUUGUGGGCUCAUCCGAAGGACCGCCCCAUUUAGUCGCCUUUUAAGACAAGCAAGGGGUACUGAGAACCCAUUCUAACUUGGAUCCUACAGGAGUUGUGAGAUUGAUCAAUAUUCGUUAUCAUCACCUUUCGUAAGUCUAAAUGUGUGGUACUUAACGUACAGCUGGUAGCGUCUCAAUAUUUAUUAAAUUUUCUCCACAAGGUCAAACUACUCUAGACUUCGGACCCGAUUUUGCAAGCAAAUGAAAAAAGCUGAUCUAAAGAUCACCCAGAAGCUUUGAGGUGAAAAAGCCUGCAUUCUCAGCAUUUCCUGUCACUUCUUUUUCACUUUCACAUAUACUUUCUUCGUUCUUACAUGUUUUCUCUACCCUUAGAUUAUUACAGCAAUAAUAAUCAAUAUCAUUGAUUGUUUCUUGCUUAACGUUUUCACUCAUAUUGAGACGUCACCAAGACCGGUGAAGGGCCUAUGCUCGUCGCUAACGGCCACUGAGCAGUGAGGGUACUUUAACGUGCCACACCUACUGUGAAUAAGACUUUAAAAAUAUUAGGGAGACGAUUUUCGGUUCCUGCGAGAAGGUACUGAUAAUCAUCAUUCACCUUUUCUCCAACCACUCCCACCUCCAUGGGGUUUUGAUACCUUUAUCGACUUCUUGAACACUUUUAUUAUCCAACCCAGGUCGUAGAAUUUUGGCAUCCAUGACGGAUUUUUACGACUAACACUCAGUUAAACUACCAACAAUUGGUUAAACAUAACUACUAGCUUCCAAGAAUCAGUGAAAUAGCGUGUUACGUCCAAUGAUGAAAGAUAGUAUAAAUGGAUCCAAAAUAGAGAUGAUCAUAAGCGGUCUGAAUAUGAAAGACGAAGAUAACGAUUGAUUGAUGUUUUCCGUCACACUCAACAAUUUUUCAGUUAUCUGGUGCGCCCAGUUUUUUUUAUUGGUGGAAGAGAGAACCCAGAUACAAUGUACCUGGGAAGAGACCACCGACCUUCCGAAAGUAAAAUGGGAAACUUUCUCACUGUACCGGCGAGAGCGGGAUUCGAACCCACGCCGACAGAGGUGAGAGGACGUGAUUUUGAGCGCGAGGCCCGAACAGUGAUCAAUCUUAGAACUCCUAUAAUCAAUACAAAAGAAAAAAAGAGUUGGGGAAACACGGACCCCUGGAUAUAUACAUUACUUAAAUUAUGAGCAUUUAUUUAUAAAGCAUAAAAUAACCUGAUAACAGUCAUUUUCAAUGAUCACCUUUG